AUGGAAAAUAACCAAAAUUAUGGCAUUAUUUGUUUUAUUUUGGUUAAUAAAAGUAUUUUAUAAUUAUAAAUCGGCUUGGUCAUCUUGUUAUAGCUUCCUUGA